AACUCGUACACUCCAACUAUGAAUUUUUAGGCCACGUGCUUUGCAAGUCCAACGCGAUUGGGGCGCUUGCAACCUGUCGUUUGAAACCUGGGGUGGUACAGUGUACGAGUGCGUGCUGACUUCCCGCGUGACAUUACAGGAAAGGAUUUAUUAAAUCACUUGGAUGAUGUUUGUCGCGCGCACCAUCGCAGCAGAUCACAAAGAUCUGAUCCACGAUGUUUCCUACGACUUUCACGGACGGAGAAUGGCUACGUGUUCCAGCGACCAAAGCAUUAAGGUGUGGGACAAAGGUGAUGAUGGAGAAUGGAACUGCACAGCUAGCUGGAAAACACACAGUGGCUCGGUUUGGAGAGUGACAUGGGCUCAUCCAGAGUUUGGACAGGUGUUGGCAUCUUGCUCCUUUGACCGUACUGCAAUAGUAUGGGAGGAAAUUGUUGGCGAGUCCAAUGACAAGCAUCGAGGACAAAGCCACUGGAUAAAAAGGACCACACUUGUGGACAGUCGUACCUCUGUGACUGAUGUGAAGUUUGCACCGAAGCACAUGGGUUUGAUGUUGACCACAUGUUCUGCGGAUGGGGUGGUGCGAAUCUAUGAGGCACCUGACGUAAUGAAUCUAAGCCAGUGGUCCCUGCAGCAUGAGAUCUCCUCUAAAUUCCCUUGCUCUUGUAUCUCAUGGAAUCCUUCCAGUUCUCGGGCUCACGCACCUAUGAUUGCUGUAGGUAGUGAUGAAAGCAAUGUGACGUAUGGUGGCAAAGUUCAGAUAUAUGAAUAUAAUGAAAUGACAAGAAAAUAUGGCAAAGCUGAGACGCUGGUGACGGUUACAGAUGCAGUACAUGACGUUGCAUUUGCCCCAAAUCUGGGGCGGUCUUUUCAUGUGCUUGCCGUUGCCACCAAAGAUGUGCGCAUCUUCAAAUUGGUUCCCCUUCGAAAGGCAGAAACGUCCGCUUCGCUCACCAAAUUUGAAGUGCAGGUGCUGGCCCAGUUUGACAGUCAUAACUCUCAGGUGUGGCGUGUGAGUUGGAACAUUACUAGUACACUCCUGGCUUCCUCUGGUGAUGAUGGCUGUGUGAGACUCUGGAAAGCAAACUACAUGGACAAUUGGAAGUGCACGGGUGUUCUAAAGGGAGAUGGUAGUCCUGUGUUUGGGACAUCUAAUCAGCCUGCUGCUCUUAGCACGUUCAUGGGCUCUGCUUCUUUACAGAAUGCUUUCAAUGGGACCACUGGAAGAUAGAUCCUGUAUUUCAGGACCAAUAUGAAGAUAUUUGGUGCUCAUGUACUGCACCAUGGGAGAUUGAACUGAUCCCUGGGACCAACUGAUCGUGCCUGCUGGACAUGUAGAGCGACGGGCACUUGCUUUACCGCUGGCAUAUAGAAGAACAGUUACAUAGUGAGAGUGCCAUUUUGUUGACUUCUGUCAUUGUGUGAUUUAAUUUUUUAUUACGAAGUUCAAAUAAAAUGGUUUAAAAAUAUACUAGUGAUUCAAUAUAUGGAUAUACGUGCAGUCUUCGUUUCAGCAUGCAUUUUAUUUCCAGUUUGUGGAGACCAUUGCAUAGUUUUUUAUCCCCAUUAACUAUUUAACAUUCUUUUGAAUGUUUAUUUCAUAUGUUUAAGUUUCAAAGCCUAUAUUAUUCUGUAAAAGAUUAAGCCGUGCUGGACCAAACUUUUGUUUUGGUUUAUAAUUUUGCAUCCAUUCAUUUCAGAAGCAAACUUCAAUGUUCUGUUUCUUCAAAAAAUUUAAAUGGUGGUUUUAGCUUUUUAUGAUAAUGAAGAAGGUGUGCUGCCUUUUGCAAUGAAAAUCAUGUUGGUAUAAUUAUGAUGUGUGCAAGAAUGAUGGAUAUAAUUAAUAAAAAAUGUAAAAAUUA